CCUUCCUCAUCCCUCAUUGUCUUUCUUAUCUUUCUUCCCCUCAACAGUCAACAUGGAAGGACGCGGUUUAACCCUGCGAAGCAAGUCGCGCCGUCCUCGUCCCCAGAUCAGUGCCCCUAAACCCAUCUCGGAUCCGCUGCCGCAGAACGGCAAGGGUGAUCCUAGCCAACGGACCGGUUCGACCAGUUCAGGGUCGCGAGAUCGUGGUCCGCCGAAAGAGAAUGCGACCUCCGAUCUGGUCAAGCGACGGUAUUCCACGCGAUUCAACCAACUGCCGGAUUUCGAUGCCAAUGCGCCGCCGGUGCCGGGGCUGCCAGCCCUGCCGGUCGGGUACGGCCUCACCCCGCCGGAGGUGAGCCGGAAACCGUCCAUGGAACCGUCGGGGCCCCCGCAGGUGGACCUCGACGCAUUGAGGGAUCCUAGUUUACCGGUCGAUAAAUACGUGGCCAAUCUUCUCUCCAAGGCCUCGGAAGAGGAGAUCGAGGACUACCAAAAGGUUCUACGAAAGGUCAAGAACCGAACAUCGACCGACCUCCAGCAGAAUGUAUACCAGAACCGCACGCAGUUCAUCAAGAUCAGCAAGGAAGCCGAUAAGCUGAAGAGUGAAAUGCGCACGCUCCGGGCGUUGAUGGCCGAGUUGACCACGGCCCUCGGACAGACGGCGGUGGGCACGUCCCCGAACCCCAUGUCGCUGUCCCCGGACGAGCCGUUACCCAAGCGCAAUGGGAACCGCAGCUCCGUUGCCAACCUGGAGAGCAUGUGGAACGUCCAGCUGCAGACGCUGUGGAAGACCGUCGAGGGGUCGCAGAAGUUCCUCCCCGUGGUGCCGGGGCGGCAUAUCGUGAUGGAGACGGGCAACUGGGCCGAGCUGGACUCUGCCACGUGGAAGCCGCGACGGCCCGUCCACAUCGUGCUGCUCAACGACCAUCUGCUGGUGGCCGCGAAGAAACGCAAGCGGGUCGACCAGAGCAACCCGAACCACCGCGGCCCCGUGCCGACCAAGCUCGUGGCCGAAGAGUGCUGGCCCCUGCAAGACAUCGACAUGAUCGAUCUGGGCGCCCACCUCGGCAGCGGGCCGGCCCGCGAGGAGGCCGAAGAGCGCGGCAUCACCAACGCCAUCAGCGUGCGCGUGGGCGCCAAGCCGUUCACCUACCGCCACGACAAGCGGCAUAGCACGGCCAAGGCCGAGCUCCUAGCGACGUUCCGCAAGACGGUAGAGGACCUGCGUCGCACGCUGCGCACGGAGACCGAGGCCGCGAGCAAGACCACCGACCCCUUUGCGUUCAUGGGCCGACGCCAGUCCGUCUUCCUCCCCCCACCCGAGGCCGCCGACGCCGGGGACGACAGUCGCGACAUGCCGGAAUUGCGGAUCGACGUCGACGGGAAGCAGCAGAAUCUCCGCUGGGUGGAGUCGCAGGUCGACGACCUGGACAUCGACAUCGCGCUGCAGCGGUUCGAGGAGUCGGUGGCCAACAUUGAGCGGCUGCGCAAGCUGGCGCGCGGCCUGCGGGGCAACUCGUUUGCGCAGGACGUGAUCAACACCAAGGUGGACGAGCGAGCCGCCAAGCUGGCAGACGUGCUGGUGCGGGCGCUGGUCGACACGCCUUCCUUCCCGCAAGCGACCCAGCGGAAGGUAUCCUGGCUGAGCCGGCUAGGCUUCGAGGACCAAGCGCGCGAGGCUUACUUGGACGCACGGUCCGACGUAGUCACCAAACGCAUUCGGGCAUGCGUCUUCGAAGGCGACCUCCCCCUCUACAUCUUCCAAAUCUCCUACGUCUACUUCGUGCUCAUCAAAAACACCAUCAGCAUCUACCAGCAAUGCUUCUCGCCCGCCAUGAGCAGCGCCUGCAUCGGCUGGGCCAUGCGGCAGCUCGAAGGGUUCAACACGCUGCUCACGCGGCAGCUGAGCAGCGUCCAGCGCGGCACCAGCGUCUGGGACAAGUGUCUGGAGAUUGUGCACAGCCAUGCGGGUAUGCUGUCCGAGGUGGGGGUGGACUUUGGGGAUCUGGUGGCCAAGGGGUUGGGGGUGAAUGGGGAGGAUAAGAGGGAGAGGCCGAAGAUGACGAGGUCGGAGUCGUUGAUUUCGGGGUUGGCGGAGGCUGCGAAGGGGUGA